GCGCAGAGGCGGGUUGGUGGACGAGAAGGAGAAAAAAAAGACCACCCUCGCCCUAUUCAGCCUCCUCCUCCUCCUCCUCCCCCCUCCCCCCACCUUCUGCUCGGUUCUGGGUUCAGGGUGAGCCGUUGAGCUGAGGCCCGCGCGCCGCCCGAGACUUGAGCAUCGAAGAAGCAAGCCGAGCGCGGGAGAGCCGAGUCGGCCAGACCCCGGGAGCCUUCAGCCGAACGGCCUGCAUUGUUUUCGUGAGGGUGGAAGCGCGGAGGGACGGGGACGGGCUACUCCCCCCUCCUCCCCCCCCGCGACUCCGGAGCGACGAGUUCCAUUUUAUUUGUGCAGAAUUCUUAUAAUGCAGAGAAUAGCAAAAAUGGCUCAAGCAGCAAUGGCAGCAGCAGCAGCAUCUAGUCAUGAUGAGGACUCAUCUGAAAGCAGAAUGGUGGUUACCUUUCUCAUGUCAGCCCUUGAGUCAAUGUGCAAAGAGCUUGCCAAGUCUAAGGCAGAGGUUGCCUGCAUUGCUGUGUAUGAAACAGAUGUGUUUGUGGUGGGCACUGAGAGAGGAAGAGCCUUCGUCAAUACAAGAAAAGAUUUUCAGAAGGAUUUUGUGAAGUACUGUAUUAAUGAAGAAGCAAAAGCUGUAGAAUUGCAGAAGGCAAAAUCAUCCUCUCUUGAUAACAGGAUGACUGUAGAUGUUGUGGAAAUGGAAGCUCUAAAGAAAUCUGUUGAGGAUUAUUUUUGUAUUUGCUACGGUAAAGCUUUAGGAAAAUCAACAGUAGUUCCUGUGCCAUAUGAUAAGAUUCAGAGGGAUCCAUCUGCUUUGAUAGUACAUGGGCUUCCAGAAGGACUUGCUUUUAAACAUCCCUCCAGCUAUGAUGUCUCAACACUGAAGUGGAUUUUGGAGAACAAAUCUGGAAUCUCAUUUAUCAUCAAAAGACCUUUCCUUGAGCCAAAGAAACAUUUAGGCCGUCUUUCAGAUUCGUCACACAUGAUGACAUCUCCAGGUAUAAGUUCCAUUCAGGUGAAGACUGAGCCCAAUGAAGAUUCUGGACUUGAGAUGGUAACAGUUAAAGAAGAAUCAGAAGACCCUGAAUAUUAUCAAUUUAAUAUUCCAGGUCCUUCAGAAACUUCGGCGAUUGAUGAGAAAAUCGCCAUGGCAAAGUCUUACACAGGGAGCAACCAGGGUUCCGAUUGCAGUGAAGGAACAGAUGUGGAAUUACCAGUAGAAGAUUCUUCUCAGCAUGCCACUUCUGAAACAAGUGAGGAUCCUGAAGUGGAAGUGACCAUUGAAGAUGAUGAUGACUAUUUACCACCACAUAAGAAGACAAAGAGCAUAGAACCAGUUAAUGAUGCUUCCAAUGUGGGGAGAAGAAAAGCUAGAGAGUUCAAUUUUGAGAAAUGGAAUGCCCGAAUUACAGACUUGAGAAAGCAAGUUGAAGAAUUAUUUGAAAGAAAAUAUGCUGAAGCUAUUAAUGCAAAAGGGCCUGUAUCUAUCCCGUAUCCACUCUUCCAAUCUCAUGUUGAAGAUCUGUAUGUGGAAGGAUUACCAGAAGGAAUUCCUUUUCGUAGACCCUCCACUUAUGGGAUCCCACGUCUGGAACGGAUUUUACUGGCAAAGGAAAGGAUCCGAUUUGUGAUUAAGAAGCAUGAGUUGCUAAAUUCAACACGAGAAGAUUUACCAUUAGACAAACCAGUUACAGGAGUGAAAGAAGAAUGGUAUGCCAGAAUUACAAAACUAAGGAAAAUGGUAGAUCAGUUAUUCUGCAAAAAAUUUGCUGAAGCCUUGGGAAGCACUGAACCAAAGGCCGUACCUUAUCAGAAAUUUGAAGCGCAUCCCACUGAUCUUUAUGUGGAAGGUUUGCCAGAGAAUAUUCCAUUUCGGAGUCCCUCUUGGUAUGGAAUCCCCCGGCUAGAGAAAAUUCUUCAAGUGGGGAAUAGGAUAAAGUUUGUAAUAAAAAAGCCAGAACUACUCACAGUCAGUUCCACAGAAGUUACUCAACCAAGAACAAACAUGCCAGUCAAAGAAGAUUGGAAUGUCAGAAUCACAAAAUUGAGGAAACAAGUAGAAGAAAUAUUUAAUAUGAAAUUUGCACAAGCUCUGGGUCUCAGUGAAGCAGUGAAAGUUCCUUAUCCUGUCUUUGAGUCAAAUCCUGAUAAUCUGUAUGUAGAAGGUUUGCCUGAAGGGAUCCCCUUUCGAAGCCCAACCUGGUUUGGAAUCCCUCGCCUGGAAAGAAUUGUGCGGGGCAGUGGAAAAAUUAAAUUCAUUGUAAAGAAGCCAGAGCUUGUUACCUCAUUCUUGCCUCCAGAAUUGGUUUGUAAAGUGAACACUUCAGUAAACGUCUCUGUAGGCGCUCAGAGUCCCAGCAGCUCAAACUCUACACGAAGUCCUGUAAGCAACUCUAAAGUUCCAGAGAUUGAAGUUACUGUAGAUGAAGGUCCUGCUAAUAGGGUAUCAACCUCAGAUGUUAGAACUAAUCCUCAAACCAAUGGAUCUAAUACAGGCUUUAAGCCAAGAGGAAGAGAGUUUUCUUUUGAGGCCUGGAAUGCCAAGAUUACUGAUUUGAAACAGAAAGUUGAAAAUCUUUUUAAUGAAAAAUGUGGGGAAGCUCUUGGACUGACAGAACCUGUUAAAGUUCCUUUUGCGCUUUUUGAAUCUUAUCCUGAAGAUUUUUACGUUGAAGGCCUUCCUGAGGGAGUGCCAUUCCGUCGCCCAUCCACUUUUGGCAUUCCAAGAUUGGAAAAAAUUCUCCGAAACAAAGCUAAGAUAAAAUUUAUCAUUAAAAAGCCAGAAAUGUUUGAGGCAGCAAUUAAAGAAAAUGCUACUGCUAUUCCAAAUCCUCAAAGAAGAACCAGCUUAUGUAAUACUGUGAUAAAUGCUGUAAGUGUGCCUGACCCAGUGGUGAACACAGCUGCUGGAGUAGAAGACCUUAACAUCAUUCAGGUGACAAUACCAGAUGAUGAUGAGAGAACCUCCAAAGUAGAGAAGGCCCGGCAGCUGAGAGAGCAAGUGAAUGAUCUCUUCAGUCGAAAAUUUGGGGAAGCUAUUGGUAUGGGAUACCCUGUGAAAGUCCCAUACCGAAAAAUCACUGUCAACCCUGGCUGUGUGGUGGUGGAUGGAAUGCCCCCUGGUGUAUCUUUUAAAGCUCCCAGCUAUCUUGAAAUCAGUUCCAUGAGGAAGAUUCUGGAUUCUGCAGAAUUUAUUAAAUUUACCGUCAUUAGACCAUUCCCUGGACUUGUAAUGAACAACCAAAUUACUGAAAAAGCAGAAGCAGAAGUCCCAGCAGCCACUGUGCCAGCUCCUGAACAGGUUAUACAAGAGCCAGUUGAAGCAGACCAAAUAGUACAAGUAUCUGUGGAGGAAGAUUCAGUACAGACUGAAGAACACUCUCAAAUAAAGCAGGAGCCAGAUCCAACGUGGUAGACCUGACUUGCAUUAGAGUAAAGGACAGUCAUAACACGAAGCAGAGUGGUGGGUGGUAUUCAGAUACUUUUCUAGGUAGGAAAUGGACCCCCGACUGUUGCUGUGAAUGCAGAAUCUAUGAUCUGACUUCCAUUUAUAUUGGUCCUGUAACUAUGUAGAUCACUUAACUUGGUGGAGUCCCUCUUACAGUCUUUUAAGUUGUGCUCCUUUUGUCCUUGCGCCACUUGCUUUGACUUCUAGUCCUCCUGAACCUUUAGAGCAAUCUUCCACACCCUUUAUGCCCUCUGUUUGUUUUGGAUGGCAUCCUCUCUGCCCAUUGGCUUUGCUGGCUGGGGCUGAUGGGUGUCAGAGUCCAUGUCUGGAGGGCUUGAGAUACCUAACAUGAACCAAGUUAA